AUGCCCGGCUUCCCAUUGCGCGGCGAGGCCGUGCCGCUGGGCCCCGGAGUGCCGGCCCUGGUGGCCAACGGCUUCCUAGCCCUGGACGUGACCGCCAACCGGCUGUGGGUGACUCCUGGAGAGCGGGAGCCCGCUGUGGCGCCGGACUUCGUGCCCUUCGUGCAGCUGCGCCCGCUGAACGUGCUGGCCGAAGCUGGAGAGGCUGUGCUGCUGCUGCGCGAGGGGCUACUGCGCCGGGUGCGCUGCCUGCAGCUCGGAAGCCCAGGCUCUGGCCCUGCAGCCGCCGGCCCCGGGCCCGCCUCGGCCUCCGGUCUUGCCGCGGGGUCCGGCCGUGACUGUGUGCUGCUGCAGGAGGACUUUCUGGCGCACCGGGGCCGACCCCACGUCUAUCUGCAGCGCAUUCAGCUCAACAACCCAACGGAGCGCGUGGCCGCGCUGCAGACUGUGGGGCCCACUGCGGGCCCGGUCCCGAAAGCCUUCACCAGCACCCUGGAGAAGGUCGGAGAUCAUCAGUUCCUCCUCUACUCUGGCCGAUCCACUCCAGUGCCCUCUGGGCGGGUGCACCUGGUGGUGGUGGCUGCCAAAAAGCUAGUAAACCGGCUCCAGGUGGCUCCCAAGACGCAAUUGGAUGAGACGGUCCUCUGGGUGGUGUACGUCUCAGGCCCCAUCAACCCCCAGGUGCUCAAAAGCAAAGCGGCUAAGGAGCUGAAGGCACUCCAGGACUUGGCCCGGAAGGAGAUGCUGGAGCUCUUGGAGAUGCCCGCGGUUGAGCUGCUUCAGGAUCACCAGCGCCUCUGGGCGCAGCUGUUCAGCCCAGGGGUGGAAAUGAAGAAGAUCACCGAUGCCCACACGCCAUCAGGCCUGACCGUGAACCUGACACUCUACUACAUGCUCUCCUGCUCACCAGCCCCUCUGCUCAGCCCCUCCCUGAGCCACCGGGAGCGAGACCAGAUGGAGGCCACACUCAACUACGAAGACCACUGCUUCAGCGGCCACGCCACCAUGCACGCCGAGAACCUGUGGCCGGCCCGGCUGUCCUCGGUGCAGCAGAUCCUGCAGCUCUCUGACCUGUGGAGGCUGACCCUCCAGAAGCGUGGCUGCAAGGGGCUGGUGAAGGUGGGCGCUCCGGGCAUCCUGCAGGGCAUGGUGCUCAGCUUCGGGGGGCUGCAGUUCACGGAGAACCACCUGCAGUUCCAGGCCGACCCCGACGUGCUGCACAACAGCUACGCGCUGCAUGGCAUCCGCUACAAGACCGACCACAUCGACUUGGCCGUGCUGGCCGAUGCCGAGGGCAAGCCCUACCUGCAUGUGUCCGUGGAGUCCCGCGGGCAGCCCGUCAAGAUCUACGCCUGCGAGGCGGGCUGCCUGGACGACCCCGUGGAGCUGACCUCGGCCCGCGGGGGCCACACCUUCUCGGUCAUGGUGACACAGCCCAUCACACCGCUGCUCUACAUCUCCACCGACCUCACACACCUGCAGGACCUGCGGCACACGCUGCACCUCAAGGCCAUCCUGGCCCACGACGAGCACAUGGCCCAGCAGGACCCAGGGCUGCCCUUCCUCUUCUGGUUCAGCGUGGCCUCCCUCAUCACCCUCUUCCACCUCUUCCUCUUCAAGCUCAUCUACAACGAGUACUGCGGGCCGGGGGCCAAGCCCCUCUUCAGGAGCAAGGAAGACCCCAGUGUCUGAGGAACCGCGAGUCCUGCUUUCUGCCACCGUUGCACAAGACACCAUCUGCUGCUACAGACAAGGGAUCCUUUGGAAGCACCUACCCUUUGUGCCUUGUGGGGGACAGUGACGCAGAAGCGCUUGUAGAUGCCAGCUUGCAUUGGAAGGAAUGAGUGUCCCGUGGGGAGGGAGGGGCCGGUGGACCUGUAAGCCUUCCACUCAAUAAAGUGAACCUGUGUGGAGCGUACUUGAACUUGAACUCACUCCUUCCACACACCCUUUUCUGUCCCAGGAAAUAGACCGUCUUUUGAAAAGACUCUUGUUUAGGAAAAAUUGUGUUCUUUCCUAAUUUAAUGUGUUCUUUCUUGAAUGAAUUCUAAUUUAUUUUUGUUGAUCUGCUGGGCGGCUUUGCCUCCGUGGGAGAUGGUGAGUGGUGUCCCUUCCCUGGGAGGCCCCACAGUCCCGGGGCUGGGGCUGGGCCCCUGGCGGCUGCCCCGCCCACUAGAGAGCACGUGCCACCGUGUCCUCGGGUUUGCACACCGUCUCCCUAUCAUGAGCCUGUGGGGACCUGUGGUUUUGUACUUUGGGGCUUUGGGGGAGGUGUUGUACUUUCUAGCAGUUGAUGAUUGUUUGGUUUUGAAAUACCAAAGCUUUUUUUGUUGUUUUUAAAUAAAUCUCUUUGAAACUUC